UAACAGUCGGCAGCGUGCCCGCUUCCAGGAUGGCGGCGGCGGCGGCGGCGGCGAUGUCCGGCGCGCUCGGCCGGGCGGGCUGGAGGCUCCUGCAGCUACGGCGCCUGCCCGCGUCCCGUUGCCAAUCAGCUGUGGUGUCACGUGCCUUCCAUGCUUCAGCCUUGCAGCUAAAGACUACAGAUGAGCAGAAACAACCACCUCCCCCAUCUUUUUCUCAGCAACAUUCUGAGACACAUGAGGCAGAAGAACCCCAUCCAGAAUCUUCUCGUUCACCUCCCAGGUACACAGAUCAGGGCGGUGAGGAGGAGGAGGACCAUGAGAGCGAGGAGCAGCUGCAGCACCGCAUCCUGACGGCAGCCCUGGACUUUGUGCCUGCGCACGGGUGGACAGCAGAGGCCAUCGCAGAAGGAGCCCAGUCCCUGGGUCUGUCCAGUGCGGCAGCCAGCAUGUUUGGGAAUGACGGCAGUGAGCUGAUCCUGCAUUUUGUGACCCAGUGCAAUGCUAAGCUCGCUCGCGUGCUGGAAGAGGAGCAGAAGCUGGUACAGCUGGGCCAGGCAGAGAAGAGGAAGACAGACCAGUUCCUGAGGGACGCAGUGGAAACCAGACUGAGAAUGCUGAUCCCGUACAUUGAGCACUGGCCCCGGGCCCUCAGCAUCCUCAUGCUUCCUCACAACAUCCCAUCCAGCCUCAGCCUGCUCACCAGUAUGGUGGAUGACAUGUGGCACUAUGCUGGGGACCAGUCCACUGACUUUAACUGGUAUACCCGGAGAGCUGUGCUGGCUGGCAUCUAUAACACGACAGAGCUGGUGAUGAUGCAGGACUCCUCCCCAGACUUUGAGGACACUUGGCGCUUCUUGGAUAACCGGAUUAAUGACGCAAUGAACAUGGGCCAUACCGCCAAGCAGGUAAAGUCCACUGGAGAGGCACUGGUGCAGGGACUCAUGGGUGCAGCAGUGACGCUCAAGAACUUGACAGGUCUGAACCAGCGCCGGUGAGCAUCACGGGGUGUGAGCGAGAGUGCCCAGAAGAAAAGCUACAGAUAAAUUGAAAGGGCUUUGGAAAAUAAGAAGUGCCAUCCACGGAACAGGGUGUUAA